GUUAUAUCUAAGAUAAUAUCGGAAUUCUUUUCUAUUUGGAAAACCUAUGUAUGUAGUUACAUAUGCUAUUUUUUGUGGACUUUGGCGGUUGUUUAAAUCUUCGAUGUCUAUUCGCUAGAGCUAUAGUUAGCGCUGAUCCACGAGGUUUAGUUUCUCAAAACGGAAACAUUGAUCACUACUCACUCACACGGAUUUUUUACAGGGUCCUGCCUAAGCUAUGGUCAUGCAUGUUGGGGUGA